GGACACAGCAGAUCACCGAUCCACGGAAAGAGCCAAAGAUGACGGCUCGGUCAUGUGUCCAAUCACAGCUGAUCACUGAUCAUCAGGGCACUGAUGAUCAGUGUGCCCUGAUGAUCAGUGUGGCCCCAGAAGUGCCACCUGUAAGUGUCCAUCAGUGCCAGCUGUCAGUGCUGAACAGGGCCACGUGCCAGUGCCCAUCAGUGCCACAUCUAUGUCACAUAUCAGUGCCUACCAGUGCAAAUCAAUGCCACGUAUCAGUGCCCAUCUGAGCUGCCCUUCAGUGUCACCCAUCAGUGCCACUCAGUGCCACCUAUCAAUGGCAAUCAGUGCCACUUAUCAGUGC